UUGGGUAAAAUGAAAACGGCGCAGUAUCACAUAGACAGGCUCUUCAGUCUCCAUGGAAGACUGGUGGCAAGAAGGCCUGUCCCUUUCCUGAUAGGAUCGCUUUUAGUUGCCGUCAUUUUGGGGGUCGGAUUCGUGUUUAUUCAAGCAGAAUGGGACAUUGUCUACUUGUUCAGCCCUGAAAAUGGACGCGCGAGCCAAGAUCAAGCAGCCAUCCGUCGCUGUUUUCCUACCAACUAUUCCGAUUUUUUACCGGAUAGACAGACCAACGUAGGUAACUUCGGCAAGAUAAUCAUUGCAACAAGUGACACCGGUAACCUGCUGAACUGUGAACUUGCAAGACAGGUACAAACCAUCCACCAAGCGAUAGUGGCGAUGCCUGUUACUGUUGGUGAACAGACUCUAACCUACGAGGAUCUGUGCGCGAGGAGAGGCCAAACAUGCGUCUAUCCCCCUUUAGUGGACAUAGUUAGGCAGCAAUGUCAGGCGGAUGUCGGGACGGUGAACAUCACAUUCCCGAUAGCGAGAUGCUGCGAGAACGUUUCCGUGUUUCUCGGCCAUCAGAUUGGCGGGGUUGACUAUCUCCCAGACGGACGAACACUCAAACGAGCGAGAUCUUUUCAGCUGUCUUAUCAUCUCCAGCCAGAUGACGGAGGCACAGCUGAAGCAUGGGAGCAAACAUUCACCCGUAAAAUGUUAGAACUUUCCAAAGAAAACAUUACAGCGGUCCCUUUGACUUCCAGAACACUUGAAACAGACAUUAUUGACACGAGUGCUACCGUUGUGCGCCGGUUUGCAUUGAUGUUCUUACUUGUCAGUAUCGUGUGUUCUGUAUCGUUAAGCGCAGACUGGGUCCGGGGAAAAGUGUUGGUUGGACUGUCCAGUCUUCUGACCCUGGGCCUGGCUUUCCUGUCGACGUUCGGACUUCUGUUGUGGCUAGGGUUCAAGUUCAUCCCUCCCAUCGGCCUGAUCUCUUUCCCCAUGCUAGGACUUGAAGCGGCAAACAGACUUCACCUGGCCACAUCGUGGUGGCGGACAGACGAGACCGCGGCGGUACCAGAGCGCCUGGGGCGGACUCUCCGCGAGACCGGGGUGCCCAUGACCUGUACUGCAGUCGCGCUGGCGGUCACGUACGGAGUCAGCAGUGUUACAGACUUUCCAGGGUUAAGAACCUUCUUCAUUUUCUCAGCUCUUGUGACUGUCUUCCUUCUCCUGUACCAGUGUGUGUUUCUUGUAGCAAUGUUUGCUUUAGACGGGCGAAGAGAAAAGUUAAACAGGCAUGCCUAUGCAAUGUGUAAGAAAGUACUACCGAGGUCCGAAGCUAGUGAUCAACCCUUGGUUUAUAAAAUCUUCUGUGCCGGUGGACGUUCUGUAGGCGAUACAGAACCCUGGCAAGCGACUGAAAGGAGCCUCUCCGGUCUUGUUCACAAGUACAUUCGCAGUUGCCUAGUCAUGACCACAUGCAAGAUUGUUGUUGGCAUUUUGUGCCUGACAUAUAUUGGUUUAGCUGUCUGGGGUUGUUAUAAUUUACAUACAGAUUUUAUAUUACGUAGCGUUGUCGCGGACGAACUCAGUUUCGGGCUUCCUUCUACAAAUCUGAAGAGCGGUUCUUUAGUACGUUCGGCCCGCCCGUGUCUUUUGUGGUUGUCAGUGGAAAUGAAUAUUGGCGCCAGGAUUCCUUGAAUGGCGUACUCGACCUGAAGACCGAUCUGGAACGUAGCGUUUAUGUGUACAAUAUCAAUGGGACCGAGGAGGGGCGGUUUUGGUUGUCAGAGUUUCUCAGCUUUGU